GCAAGAUUACGAGAUUAUUUCGUGAGUUAGGCAUGUUCGGGGGGUAAGAAUGACAUUCCCAUGGCGUUUUCCUCCCUAGCUUCAUGAUCUUUGUCUGGCUAGCUCAGGUUCUUGGCGUGUCCGUAGUCGUUCAUUACUUGGUGCCACCUAUGGUUUCUGAUUCUUAUAAAGACCACUUGAAUUCAUCCAGGCCACCAUCUCAAACAAAUCCGCUUUUGUCUGGAAAUGGCGAAAUAUUCAAACACUUCCCACUUUCCUCUCUAUCCCAUCCUAACCAUAACUUUAUGUUUUAUAGCUUCACCAACCCUUGCGAUAACACUUAAAUCUGAUAUUCGUGUUCUUCGGGAAAUAAAACGGGCCAUCGACCCCAAUUCUAUCUCCUUCUCAUAUAUGAGCAGCUGGGACUUCUCGAUGGAUCCGUGCGAAAGCACAGGCUCAAAAUUUCUAGGAAUCUUGUGCAGAUUGCCUCUAGACAACUCCUCUAGCAGAAUAACAGCCAUUGAUCUCGAUGCAGUUGGAUAUGAUGGGUUCAUAUCCCAAGCUAUUGGGAAUCUAUCAGAGCUAACCGUUCUGAAUCUGGGGAAGAACAACUUCAGAGGGCCAAUACCAGGUACCGUUGGCAACAUGAAAAAGCUUACCAGGCUUGACAUGUCAAACAAUUUCCUCACUGGCCUCAUUCCGGCACAGCUUUGUAACAUUAGGAGUCUUGAUCAUCUAGACCUUUCUGGGAAUAAGCUCUCGGGGGUAAUCCCCGCCAGAAUUUCUGGGUUAAGAAGUUUGACCUAUUUGAGCUUGUCAGACAAUGGAUUUGCAGGCACAAUCCCCGACCUCACAGGGCUUUGGCAGCUCAACACAGCAGAUCUCAGCAAUAACCAGUUCUUUGGAGACUUUCCACGUCUCCCAGUGAGUUUACGAACACUCCGUCUCAGCCAUAAUAUACUCUCCGACAAUAUUACUCCCCUCACGAGGCUUAAACUCCUCAGAUGGAUAGAUCUGAGCGACAACAGGCUCUCAGGUUCCAUCACAAGGGAUAUUCUAUCCUUGCCCAGGCUAGCGUAUCUCAAUAUCUCUUUCAAUCGCUUCACGACAUUAGAGGUCGCGAAUUAUGCUUUAGAAGAUUUGCAGCUCCAAGUGCUUGAUGCUAAAGAGAACCAUAUCCACGGGCAUUUACCAGUAAACUUGGCCACAUUUCAAAAUCUAGCAUCGAUUAAUUUGGCAAGGAAUCAAUUCUCUGGUUCCAUCCCCAAGGAAUACGGAGCUAAACUGCAAAGAUCAUGGAGGAGUCUGUAUUUAGACAACAACUUUCUUAAUGGUAAUCUUCCUACAGAGUUCAAUCGCAUGAGGAUUAGAGGCAGUCUUGCAAACAACUGCCUCAACUGUCCAACGAAUGUUUUUCUUUGUCGUGGAGGGCAAAGACCAGCUACAGAAUGCGUCGGGCAAAACGAUUACCAGACUUAGGCAACUUCGUCAGACAUGACAACUUUAUGGUGAAUAGUGCAAUGGUUAUCAUUUAUAAAAGAUUAUCAUCUUGAGAAGCGUUUCAAGAACUAGUAGAUAAAUUAUAAACAAAACGUUCAGUAUACGUGCGGAGCUUAUGCGUUUCUGAAUUUCUUCCAUUAACCUAACCAACACUACGGGCAAAACACAAAGAAAUCCGAAGGUUACCAUUCGCCAUCGUGCUAAUCCCUCAAAGGGGGAAAAAGUAUGAUAGAACAAGUUAAGAUAUCAACAUUAAUACCUAAC